GUUACUUUGCUCUAUAGUGUCUGUUCCUUAUUUAUGAAUUUAUUGAAAUCGGAAUCAUAGUUGAUGUACAUUUUCUAAAAUUUAUUCGCCAUAUUUUAAAAAAGAAUCAUCUUUUCGAUUAAUUGUGAAAAUUUUUUCUGUUAAGCAAAUGUAAUUUAAAUACUACAAUUUUUCUUAUUUUAUUCAGAUUUAAUUAAAUUAAUUCAUACAGUUGCAGGAAAUGAACCAAAACGGUUUCAGUACUGGUGAAGAAGAUUCACGUGGUCCUCUUGAUAAGAUUUGCUGUUUACAAGAAGACGGAUUUCGGUGUCAGAGACAAGCUGGAAACGCUUCUUAUAGUAAAAAAAUUCGUAAUACUGUCAGACAACUUAAAUUGCAUUUGGAUGCUGUUGCGAGACAUAUCUACAUUUGUGAUCAUCACAAAAAUAUGAUUCAAAGUGCUAGAACGUUGAAACCAUCUAGUCAAGAUGAAGCACCAGAAGUAGACUUUUCACAACUCCAGAUGAAUACCCUUAGACGUUAUAAAAAACAUUUUAAAGUAGUGACAAAACCCAGUCUGAAUAAAGCUCAAAUGGCAGAGGCGUUGUUAAACCAUUUUAAAACAAUAUCAGUUAAUGAAAAAGAAGCUCUUACUUUUUUCAUUUACACAAUCAAGACAAAUGGUAAUAAAUUAGAUCAAAAAAAUGGAAACAAUAAUUCAGAUACACUGUCAUAGUUAUGCUAUAUUUUAUACAAUUAUUUUUAC